UGAACUUGAAGGGAUCCGACUGUACUGAAAAUGGCGGAGAAACGUUAUUUCUGAUAAAAGCUUUAGGCAGAUGGUACUUGUUUAGGUAUUUAAUCUAACACCGUGACAUUCAUACGUGUGUUUAAGUGUGAAAUACAUCUAGGACCACUGUAAAUAAGCAAUACUGGAGUAUUUGUUAGCUUAUUAAUGGAUAAUUCAUUCGCAUUCGGCCUCUGUGAACUCUGAAUCCGUGUCCGAGUUAAAAUUAAACUGUAUUGCCUAAGAGCGCGCUCACACACGGAUUCCACUCACUUCAGCUCGCGCCAAGACGCCGCGUGUCAGAACAGAACUCUUCCGCGUGCACGUGCGCUGCAUCUAACGCGAGGAACUACAAAAACAAUCUUUCCAGUGAAAUCCCAAACUAAAGUCCAGAAUCAGGGAAAAUGACAUCUAAAAGGCAAAGUUUAUUGAGAGAGGCGUCUCAUCAGAUCAUUGCGGGUGGAUCAGCAGGUCUUGUGGAGAUUUGUUUGAUGCACCCACUGGAUGUUGUGAAGACCAGGUUUCAAAUCCAAAGAGGGAAGGGUGACCCAAAUAGCUAUAAAGGCCUUGGAGACUGUUUCAGAACUAUAUUUCGCACUGAGGGAGUGUAUGGCUUUUACAAGGGAAUCCUUCCCCCAAUUUUGGCCGAGACCCCAAAGAGAGCAGUGAAGUUUUUUACCUUUGAGCAGUACAAGAAGCUGUUGAGCUUUACUCCUUUAUCACCUGGGUUGGCUCUCUCUGUGGCUGGCCUGGGGUCAGGGUUAACCGAAGCACUGGUUGUAAAUCCAUUUGAAGUAGUGAAAGUGAGCCUACAGGCCAACAGGGAUUCAUUCAAAGUGCAACCCUCUACAUUUGUACAGGCCAGAACUAUUAUAAACACAGACGGCUUUGGCCUCCGUGGGCUUAAUAAGGGCCUGACCUCCACCCUAGGACGGCAUGGCAUUUUCAACAUGAUCUACUUUGGUUUCUACUUCAACGUUAAAGAUGCCAUACCUGCCAGUCAGGACCCUCGACUGGAAUUCAUGAGGAAAUUUGCCAUCGGUUUGGUUUCAGGAACGGUCUCGUCCUGUGUGAACAUUCCUUUUGAUGUCGCUAAAAGCCGUAUACAGGGUCCUCAGCCUGUUCCAGGGGAGAUCAAGUACCGCAGCUGCUUUCAGACCAUGGGCCUUGUGUACCGUGAGGAAGGAUAUCUUGCCUUAUAUAAAGGUCUGAUUCCCAAGAUAAUGAGACUUGGACCAGGAGGUGCAGUUAUGCUGCUGGUUUAUGAAUACGUAUCUGGCUGGUUGCAGAAGAACUGGUGAUAAUCUGCACAUUACCAUCAGUCUGUACUCCAUCAUCCCCCAGGUCUAUCAAACAGAAUGACAUGCCUGUUCUUCAGCAAUCACACUACCUACCCUGUUUCAAAAUCACAGUUUCUCAGAAGUGACAUGUAGACUUUCCUCCACUGAUGCUUUACAACACCACAGUCACUCCCUGAAUCUAUGUGACAUUCCAACUCCUGUUUAUAUAUGACAUAACACAACACUGAGACAUAUCUGAGAGUUACCUGUCCACAUGCCAGCAUAUAUAAUAGUAACCAGCUCUACACACCCUAACUGAAAGUACCAAAUAGAAACAGCACCUCAUUUUUAACUUAAAGGCAUAGUUCAACCAAAAAUGAGAAUUAUCCCAUGAUUUAUUCACCCUCAAGCCAUCCUAGGUCUAAAUGACUAUCUUUUCUCAGACGAACACAAUCAGAGUUAUAUUAAAAAAUAUCCUGAAAGCGGAAGCGCAGAGCAACAGAGCAAAACAAAACACCAGUCACGAAUUAGAAGUCUAAAAUGAGAAUUUUUAAAUGGAAAUGUCGGAUUUCGAUUUAAGAGUAGAGGAGCUUGAGUUUGUUGCCCAGCCCUAUUUGUUUGAACCGUGAGAGGCGUCUAAGCUUACAAUACUCCUUCAUCCUACGUUGCGUCAGAGGUUACUCUUCCGCCGUAAGUCGACUUGAGUACGGAUGUUUGGCGGAAGCUGGUUAUUAUAGUUUAUAAAGUUGUAAAUAUGGAUAUUUUUCUUACAAAAACCCAUCGCUUCACUUCAGAAGGCCUUUAUUAACCCCCUGGAACCGUAUGGAUUACUUUUAUGAUGGAUAGAUGCACUUUUUUGGGCUUCAAAAUCGUGAGCCCCAUUCACUACCAUUAUAAAGCUUGGAAGAGCCAGGAUAUUUUUUAAUAUAACUGAUUGUUUGGCUGAGAGAAGAUAGUCAUAUACAGCUAGGAUGGCUUGAGGGUGAGUAAAUCAUGGGAUAAUUUUAAUUUUUGGAUGAACUAUCCAUUUAAAUUUGGACUUAAGACUGAAUUACUGAAGCCUGAGGGAUGUGUUUACUGUCUUUGGAUGGCUACCUAAGGACUGUGACUUAUUAGAUUUAGUUUGUAAAUGUAUUCUAUGUUGGAUUUGUGAGACCAGAAUAUCCAUUGCUCUCAAAGUCUCACAUCUCAAUAGCUGUAGCAAUGUUUCAAAUUCAGAGUGCAAAAACAUUUGUAAAUGUGUUAUAGACAUAUCUUACCUACGCAAAGUUAAAUCGGCAAAUUUAGACGAAAAAAGCACAAAUUGAAUUAUGGAAAUUCAAAUUGAACUGAAGAAUUCUGUGACUUCAAAAUAAUUUUGUGAUAUAAAAUAAUUGUAAAACAGCAAUUAUAAGUUCUUGUAUCCUAAAGUGGUUAAAAUUAUUCAUGUAAUGGAUGUGUUUUGCUAAUAAAUGCUCCUGAACUACGAUAAA